AUGUUCGAAGACUUCUCCUUCACAUCGCCAUCGUCGCGACCGACCCGCCUCGCCCUCGACCCAGACGACCGACUAAUGGUCGACAGCGACAGCACUCUAAUAUCACCACUCUCCUCGCGCUGCCCAUCACCUCAAUCCCACCGUUUCCGCAACAUCUCCCGCUCUCGCUCCUCCCACUUCCACCGAAACCAACAACCCCCAACCUCCGUCCCCUUCCCCUACGACUCAGACCACAAACGCCUCUCCAUCUCAACCCUAACCCAAAAACUGCACGAACACACCCUCGCUCCAACACCAGACCUCCAGUCCCAACACACCCACCGAACCGGCAGACACACUCCAGUCUCCCGCUACCCGGGCGCGGGAUACGUCCUCACACCCCCGGACACAGACCACUCCGACGACGGCGUCGACUGUCUCUCCUCGCCCUCCGCCUCCUCAACAACAAGUCCAACCUUCAUGCCCCCAGAUCUCCUCUCCGAAUUACCGGAUUUCGGUCUCGGAAAUCCUUUUCACAACCCGCAUUCCCAUCCAUACCACCAAGACGUCCGCGCGCAGCGCCAGCAGAUCUCCAGAUUGCAAUGCAACGAGUCCGAGGUCGAGGCUAUGCAGCGCUCGCUGCUAGAUGAGCCGGCGACGUCGGAAUGCUGCGACGAAGACGAUUGUCAUCCUAGCUCGUUGCCGCCGCGGUCGUCGCCGCGGAGGAGGGCGGUUACGCUUUCGCGGAGUCGGUUUGGGCCGGAGGGGGUGGUGAGGGGAGGACGAGGAGGAAGAGUUCUUCCGCGGGGGGUUUUGGCUAGUCGGGUUGAGAAGACUCAUGGGGGAUUUGGGAAGAGGAAUGAGCAGGGGCUUAGGAGGAAGAGCCUUGUUAGUUCGGCUUUGGCGUCGAUGGUUGAGAGGGAUGAUGAUUGA